AUGGUAGCUCCAGCGCAGCCACCACCACAGGGCAUCUAUGUCCCAGUGCCAACAUUCUUCGCCAAAGAAGGCACCCCAGAGUACGAUCCCGUCUCGCCUCCAAUCGACAUCAAGACUCAGACGGAGCACUCGCUCUUCCUCGUAAAAGGUGGAAUCCAGGGACUUGUAAUUCUCGGAAGCACCGGCGAGGCAAUCUUCAUCCAAAACCACGAGCGACACGAAUUGAUCAAGAGUCAAAGGAAAGCAUUAGAUGAUGCUGGGUUCAAGGACAGGCCGAUCAUUGCAGGCACUGCAUCACAGAACAUCGAAGAGACUGUACAGUUGAUCAAGGACAGCCAGGCGGCGGGCGCAGAGUACGCUAUGGUUCUUGGACCAGCGUAUUUUGCUCCUGUGACCAGUCAAGCUGGUAUCCAGAAAUGGUUUGAAGUGGUGGCCGAUCGAUCCCCAAUUCCAAUUCUCAUCUACCACUAUCCCGGCGUGACCAACAACAUCUUUAUCGCACCGGCGACAUUCGAAAAGCUUGCAGCACACCCAAAUAUCGUCGGGACCAAGCUGUCACAUGGAAUUAUUGAUGACCAGACCCUGAUCGCUGCAUCUCCUCGUAUUGACCACGAGCACUUCUAUGUGUUUACCGGACUGGGGCAAAACUUGCUUCCAGUUCUUACGAUUGGCGGUGUGGCUGCAAUCGAUGGUCUUGCCGGCUGCUUCCCACGCAUCAUAACCCGACUUUUCAAACAUUUCAACGACAGCUCUGCAAAGGGUACUACCAAGCAGGACAUGGAUACCAUGCGUGACUUGCAGUUCAGAAUAUGCGAAGGCGAGAAACUCGUGGCUGCUUGGGGCCCGAUUGGUAUGAAGGAAUGUAUUGGUAGGGUCUGGGGCUUGGGCGAUCCAAAGGGUGGUCGUCUCCCGCUGCAGGGUGGCUUUCCGGAGGGUGACAAAGAAUGGGCCAAGUGGGAGAAGGUGUUUACAGGGCUGAAGGAACUUGAGGAGAAGUUCAAGGCCGAAGACGAGAAGGCAUAG